AUGCUGGUGACCUAUUUGGAAGCCAGCCGGGACCUUUGCGAGACGGACUCAAUUCUUUUUGGCGCCGCCCUGGCAGUCUGCCGUAUCAUAGGCGCCAAGGUUUCCACGGCUGGACGCGCUACUGGCCAUAGUAGCGCUAUCCCAGCAUGGAGAAGAAGAAUUGAGGAACGUAUCGCAAAGGCUAGAGCUCUCAUCGGCAGACUGAUAUGCUUCAGAUCAGGCAAAAACAGGCCAAAAGUUGUGCGCACCGUCAGGAUGGCGUUUGCUGGGACAAAUGUCAGUUUGUCCCAGCCGGAUAUAACGCAAAAACUGACGGAGCGCAUAGAUGAUCUGAAGCAGAGAAUCGCUGCUUGGGGAAAGCGGAUUCGGCGAUAUACCGAGAGGUCGACACGGUUCAACCAGAAUCGUCUCCUCCAGAGUGAACAGAACAGGCUCUAUGAAUCAUUGGAGCGACCAAUGGUAAUUGGAACGGGUCCAGCACCGAAUCAGGCCGACACUGUAGCAUUCUGGCGCGGCCUGUGGUCAGAGCCCGUAAACCACAGCGAGGGCCCUUGGACGGAAGUUGUGGCGAGUCAGUGUGCGGGUAUUACGCCCAUGGACCCCGUCAUCAUAACGCCGGAUGACGUAGAUGAGCCGCAAGCGGCACCCGCCGCUGGUGGAGCACGUCGCACGCGUUGGUCACAAGUAAUGAAUGCAAACGCACUGCGGGCGUACUUUAGGGCAAAAGGGGAAGAAACUGGAUGUUUGGCGUAUCGGGCUAGGAUGCAUCGUCUUUUUGCUGAGCUGGAGCCAUCUUUAACCGUCACAGAGCAAAACCUGGCAGACCGAGUUCGGUAUAUCUUGCGCUCAAAUAUAUUUGAUGUCGCCGAACUCGAACGGCUACGACGUGAGGCUGUUCCCUCGUCGGAUGAGAAUGCUACGGCUGAGGAUGCGGCGCCACAAAUGGUAGAGCAACCCGCAAACGUGGAUGCCGCCGUGAAUACCCCAGUUGUGGUUGAUUCAAACGAUGAUGGAACAGUCGAUUGUGGAAACGCGCAGUACGCCUCUCGAAAAUCGAUCGCGACUUCCCCCGCAUAG